GGCUCAUUCACUAGCCUUAGUCCGAGUGGUGAGCACGUGGAACGCGUCUGCCUCGUAGAAUCCAGGCUUCCGUUUUGGUUUCCGUUCAAAAUUCCAGUUUAAAUUCAGUACCGAGAAAUGGGGGUGUUGCAGAACGUCCAGCGGUCGCUGCUCAUGCAGCACAGUGUGGGAUCGCUGACCUUCAAGCGGAUGUACGACGUCCAGAAGAUGGCGGUACGUCGCAGGCGUUUGGAAAUCAUGAAGAAUAAGAGGAAGGACAAUGCUGCCCCCUGCUACAUGGCCAUUCGUCGCUCCGAGAACCGCUGCAACCAGCCGCGUCUCAAGUUGCCGCGGCCCGAGUGCAUGGACGACCCCUGUGGCGACAUGGAGCUGCCCAUGGACCUGGAUCACUACACGCCGAGCGACAAGGCGAAGCGCAAGUACCAGCGAACCUGGUGCGAGUGCUACCUGAUUCCCAAGGCGGCCGUGAAGGCCAAGAAGAAGUAUCCGAAUAGGCCGCGCCGCAAGUUCGACUGUCCCACGGUGAGCCAAGUGGAGUGCCGCGACGAGGACAUGAAUCCUCCGGCCCAGGGACGCAUUAAGCCGGAGAAACUGAUCGAAGUGCCGCGCAUUGGGGAGUGGCCCUGCUGCAAGAUUCCCUCGCCAGGCUGUCCGGAGGCCAGGAAGCCACCCUCCUGCGAUGUGGGCCGCAUCCCAUCCUGCUGCAAGAAGCGACGCACCCAAUAUCCGAGCUUCUCGGAGUGCAAGAAGGAGCUGCUCGACCCCAUCAUGCCGUGCGAGUGCGAGAAGAAGGUCAACCUGUGCGACGUCUGGGCCUACUGGCGCCGGAAGAACCACUAAGCCCCCGAGGAUCCCCUCGAAAAACCAUGGAAAUCAAGGCGGAAUGAGAACUACAUCUGGAUCGAGAUGCCCCAAAUCAGCCAGUGAGAAGUAUGCGUAAACAAAGUGGAUCGCAUGUAUUAUCGUUUAUACUUUGUUUAUGGGUUCCCUUAUAAAGUACUGAUCCUCCAGCAUCACUCAGCACUAAA